AUGGCCCAGCAUCUUGAAUGCUGUAACAAAAUAGACUUUCUCCUUACCCAAGUACAGUUUACCAUCCCAAGGACAAUUAAUUUUUCAGCUCAGGAAAGUACAAACGUCAAUGCACAAAUAUCCAAAUUCCUAGAAAAAGGGAUGAUAGUUUAAAGCUCCCAUGCGGAAGGAGACUUUAUAUCGAACAUAUUUCUGAGACCUAAAAAAGAUAGGUCUUUCCGUAUGAUCCUUAACUAAAAGGAUCUUAAUACCUUUGUUCGUUUUCAUCAUUCUAAAAUGGAUUCCAUCCAUACUUUUUCCCAACUCAUGAGACCUUGUUGUUACAUGGCGUCCAUUGACCUCCGGGAUGCCUACUAUUCAGUUGCUAUUCCCAAAGAGCACCAAAAGGUUCUUAAAUUAAUAUGGCAGGGAAACCUAUAUCAAUUUACGUGUGUUGCUCAGGGGCACUCUUGCGCCUCUCGUCUCUUCACAAAACGUACGAAACCUGUGUUUUCGUUCGUAAGGGAGUUGGGACAUAUCUCAAGUGGCUACCUUGAUGACUCCUUUUUAUUAGGAUACUUCCCUGAAGAGUGCCAAGCCAACAUUGAUGAUACCCUAACCCUGUAUCACGAUUUGGGUUUCUUGCUUCAUGAAGUCAAAUCAGUGACAAUACCAACCCAGGUCUUGCAUCACCUCGGGUUUAUUUUAAAUUCUCUGGACAUGACAGUCUCCAUUUCAGCAGACAAAAAUCAAAAGCUGAAACUUGCAGCCCAAAGAAUCCUUGACAGCAAAUCACCCACUAUUAGGGAGGUAGCACAAUUAAUUAGCACAAACUAUGCUUUUAUCCAAAUUAGAUCUGCAGAUAUUUCUUGGUGGAUCAGGAAUGCCCUGACCUCUAAGAGGAGGACUGAUCAUGGGAAGAUAAAUCAUACUUUGUACACUGAUGCCUCUACCCAGGGGUGGGGUGCAAGCCUGAACGACACCACAAUUUGGGGAAGGUGGUCCAGUUCAGAAGAAAGCCACCAUAAUAAUUUCUUGGAGCUAAAGGCAAGUCUCUUGGGCUUGCAGUCCCUUUGUAAGGAAGUGAGCCAUGAUCACAUUAGAGUUACAUAAUGUCACCUUUUGUCUCGUGGCUAGCAGACCCACAAGCCAUGGCAAUUCAUGCGUUUACUCUGCAUUGGACUAAUCAGUUUUUAUAUGCCUUUCCCCCUUCUAGCAUCCUGCCACAAUUUCUGUAGAACUGUGGAAAUGGGUCAAGCCCAAGCCAUGCUGAUUGCCCCCAAGCUAAGCUAACAAGACUUUUGAUUCGGAAGCCACUCCUCCUGCCAAGACACACGAACAGUGUCCUUCUACCAUUCAACCCAGAACAGCGCCACCUCUUGGGGGACAGCUUCGUCUGAUGGCCUGCCUCUUAUGCUGAAAUCCCUCAAGAGUAGAGGAAUUUCACAAGCAACUCAAGACACAAUCCUCAACAAGUGGUGGACAGCAACCCAAAAACAAUACCGGGUCUAGCUUGAGAAGUGGCAGUCAUUGGCAGAUAGGAGGGCCGUGGAUCCCCUUCACCCACCUGUAAAAGAUGUGUUGGAGUUUCUACAAGAACUCUAUGAAAGGGGUUUGAGGUACAGUUGUCUAAAUACUGCAAGAAGUGCCCUAUCCUCCAUUAUCGUCCUUGAUGGGAAUGUUACUGUUGGGAAUCACCCACUCGUUCAAAGGUUCUUAAAAGGCGUUUUCCAAACAAGGCCAGCUUUCCCACGUUAUACUACCACCUGGGACACUUCAAUAGUUCUUACUGACCUUAAGACACUUCAUCCUCCUAAGGAGAUCAGUCUUCAAACGUAA